AUGGGUGUGAUUUGUUCUUGUAGCGACGACAGAAAUUGUGGGACAGAAGGCUCUCUUGUGAUUAACCACGGAUCUAUUACAUUCCAACAUUCAGGGUAAGCGUAAGAAUAGGAAAUUUUGUUUCUCGGUAUGUCACUGAAUUCCCAUGUACGUCAAAAACCAAAAUUUACCAUCAUUACCCUCUUAUUGUUGAUUUUAUUUAAUGCAAGUAGGAGGUAGGCAAUAUAAAACGAUUUAGAGAGGUUAGCAUGCAUUUGGACAUUGUUUAUUUGUCACUGCGUAAUUAUCCAUGCUUAUCUAUGCUAGGUUCUUGAAAACAUAAGAAGAUCUUAUCACAGUGAGACAUGAUUGUUAGUGAUUCUUCAUGUUCUAGCGGGGAGGGAGUUCUUUAGCCCCUGUCUGCCCCACCACCCACAGAAUAAUUCUGUACAGUUCCUGUUUUUGGCCAGCGGCACCCAAAUUACGCAAUAUGGGAUGAUGUUUUGUCACAACUUGUAUGAUACUCUAUUAGUGGUGUGCAAAGGUCUUUGGUAAAGUUCACGAAGAAUCCAAGACGAUGAAAUAAAAUUAUUUAAUCUUCAUUUCCCAUAGAUCGCCUGUGUUCCGGGUCCAGGUAGCAGUUCCAUCGUGUCACGUGACCAUGGCUCGCCCCGCUAUGAACGAAGAAUUUGCAGUCGUCGAUCUUCCCUUUGAAUAUGUGAGUAUGCCUGACGGACAAGUUUGCCCGGACCAUUUCAGAGGAUGGCUCCUAAAGUGGACGAAUUACAUCAAAGGAUAUCAAAAACGAUGGUUUGUGCUUUCGAAUGGCCUCCUCUCUUACUACAGGUAUUGAAUUCAGACCUGUGUCAAUGUGGUUAUGUUUUCAAGAUGGCGGACGAUCACUUUUAAAUUUUUUCUUAACUAAAGUAAAAUGUUUUGUUCUCCCUCAGAAGCCAAGCCGAAAUGGCGCAUACGUGUCGAGGAACAAUAAACUUGGCCGGUGCGUUUAUCGAUUCGGAAGAUUCAUGUAGUUUUGUCAUUUCUAAUGGAGGGACACAGAUCUUCUACAUGAGAGCCAGCUCUGAGGUUGAACGACAAAGAUGGGUAACAGCUCUGGAAUUGGCCAAGGCGAAGGCUAUCAAAAUGCUGGAGUCAGGUUUGCUGUUGUUAUUUGCUUCUGUAAUAAAGAAAAUUGAUCGCUGAAAGUUUUGUCGUUCGGGCAACUUGAACAAGAUCGAAUAGUGUGUGAAGCCAUUUAAACUGUGCCUUAAGUUUUUCUUUGUUAAUUGUUUUUGGUGUUAAAUAUGUUCUUUAAUCGAGCGUGCAAUCUAAGUUAGAGGAUCAAUAUCAAAGGGCAUGUGGUUGUUAUUUAUUCAUUUCUCAAGUUUCGUUUUUGAUGUGUGAUAUUUUAUAUUUCGGUGCCGGAAAAAAUUAUCGCAAAGUAGCUGAUAUGGCGAUUUUAUUUUAUGUCGACGUGUUUAUCACAUUCGUGUACCAGUACAGUGGUGAUGUCACCUGGUAUAAAUGGUAUAUUCAUUCAAUAUACCAUGUAAUGGUAUAUCCGUAAUUGGGAGGGGACAGAGCAAAAACUGUGUCAAAAUCUGUUACCUUCCGUCUAGCAAUAACAAAGGGAUUGUUGUCCAUUACAGAGAACCCUGAUAGGCCUGUGUAUUCUUUUGAUCCAACUCAUUCUCAUUUACCAAAAUAAUUCUUAAUUGAAUUGUAUCUUUAUCCGACUUUCAUCAUGCCAAAAGUCCAACUUAUUGAAAGCAAUAGUGGACAUAAUUUGUGAUGGUUUUAGCCACCAGAUUCUCUCAUUAUUAUGAUCAGUGAUAAGAAAUUGAUGGAAAAAGCAGCAUAUUUGUGAGGCUUUCGCUGUAGGCAAUUUUAUAAGGUUUUUGUUAAAUUGUUAGAGGACUGGGUUCUAAUUUAUUUCAAAAAAAAAUGUAUGACUGGACUUCAAAAUCUUUGUUCUGAUAGUUGAGACAAAGUUUAGCUGUUGUUUAACAAAACCGCGUCCUAAACAAUCCUCAAUUAAGCUGAACCUUUCAUCUGAACAUUUAUCUUUUAUGAACAAUGUCAAGAGGGCUGAGAUCUUUCAGUGGAAGGACAUUAAAUUAAAUUGACCCUCUUUUAGGGAAAAGCACGAGGCCCAUUGAUUGUGUAAAACAUUUGUUUGAUUGUAAAAAACCAGCCCUUAAAGUCCAAAAUUUGGAUUAAAAUUAUUGUUUUCUCAAGUUUGUCAGCAACAUAUCAAAGGAGUUUUAAUCUAUCAAUGAAAAUGUCAAAAAUAAGGAUUUUGAUAAAUUUUUUUGAUGGCUGAUUGAUGCUGAUGCAUGUUUUCAAAUGUAAACUAUUAAGUCUAGUUUGAUGAUACACAUAAAGAACUCCGCAAGCAUAUGGAGAUUAGAUAUCACUAGAAUGGAAGAGAGAACUAAUUAUUCUUCAGCACUGAUUCCACUGUAGUUGUAGCUUAAAAAGUUAUAAUGAAGUGCUAACAGAAACAGGUUUCCUUGUAUCCCCACAAUUUAAGAAAAUGGCGAAGAAGAAGGGGGGGGGGGCAGUUAUUUGAGGAUAGACUAUGAGCAGUUCCUCCUUUUCAGCAAAUUCUGUUGUGCAAGUCAAAAUAAAGCAGAAAAAAAAAAUUGAUGGUAGCAUGUUGCUGGCAAAGAAAUUCUCGCAAGUUUGCCAACCAGCUUUGGAGUUAUCCACUAAGUGUUUUGUUUUGCAAAAAUAUUUAAAGGGUGUGUCCCUGUAAUGUCAUCACUUGACAGCAUGGAGGUGGAAUAUGUUGGUAAACUCAAGGAACUUUGCCUUCCAGUGGUUCAGUUACCAGAAAAGGACAAAGACUUCAUAAAUGUCCCCUCUAAAGAGAAAGUACAAGCACACACAGGGCAAAAGUUGUUAUGCGAUGGUUCCUAGACCACCGUGCCCUUCCUAAUUAUCUUCUUAGAAGUUUUGUUCUUGGGAGUCAUCCUUACUGCAACAUCUUUCCAGAUUUCAAGUUUAUUGUGUACCUCAAGAUUUGAAGUGGUUUAAUUUUCUGAGAUCGCCUGUGUCUUGCAAUGACAUGAAGAGUGACUAGUAAUUAAGAUAAGGAAUCUCUUUAGUCAAUUCAAUGUCUAAAAACCAUUCAGCUCUGGAAGGUCACUUCAAGAGCUCCCAGCAGAUGCUAACAUCAAUCUUAUUUUACUGAUAUUUUGAGUCAUGAGAUGGACUUCAUGGAAAAGGAGAGACUGCUUGUUGUCUAAUUCAAGGAGGGUGCUUAUUUGAAUCUGUGGCCUAGGAGGUGGGCACCUAUGCAGGGAAGCCCGUUUAUUAUUGCAUGGAUGCUUGUGCGAGGAAACAUGGUAUAUGGUAUAUUCUUUGGCCUAAAUUUGAUCUUGAUUUAUAAGUAUAUGAAAUGCUACACAUGUUAAGUGAAAAGGGCCCUAAGGGCACAAAGAAGAAGUGAAAAAAAAAAGAGAAAAAGUGUAGCGUACAAUUUGACUCUUCUUGUGCUCACUGGUAAAAUGAGGUGUUUUGAAGCUGUGUUAUCUCGAGUGAGUAUUUAUCUUUACACCAGUACCUUAUUCACAAUAAAAUAGACAGUUUUAUUAUGUUUCACUGUUGCUACGGGGCCAGAAUUAGCUUUUUUUAAGCCAGAUUUUAAGUGCUUGUUAAAGAAUUUUGACUGAAUCAUCAGAGAAAACUAAUUGGUUGCCAAAAAAUUGCCCCAACAAAAGAAGAAAAUGUGUUAUUUUUUAUGAGCUUUCUUUGAUAGUUUUUGAAUUACCACAAGUUGAGUGUUUAUUAUGGGAAAGAAACAUUAGUUCGUGUAGUGUGAUCGUCCGGGUGAGUGUAGUUCUGAAAAGAACUGUUGUUGGUGACUGACGUUUCGACUAUCUGUGCGAUAGUCAUCUUCAGAGUCAAGUGAGGAGUAGUUGUCAGUCGAUGAUGUUAUAAAGUCUGGUCUGUUGAACGUGAUUGGUCUGUUUAGCCAUGAUGUGAUUGGCUGGAAGACUUGUGUAGAGUUUGUUAACAGUCAUUGGUUGGUUUCGAUCCGUCUGUUGUUUGUCAGUCUGUUUGUCGGUUUGUUCACGUCGUUAAUGAGUCGUUUGUAAGGUGCUGGUAAUUGUUGACAUCUGUUGAGAGGUGUCUGUUCUAAGUUAGUAAACCAGCUUUCCAGAGUCAGUCGUUGAAAAUAGUUUGUACUGUAGGUUAAGCAUUUAGCAGAGUCCCAGUCGAUUCUGUGAUUAGUUUGUCGGUGAUGUUCAGAAAUGUGAUUGUUUACAUCGCCAUUUCUAGUUGCUCGUUUGUGUUCAGUUAGUCGCGUGUUAAGGUUUCUACCGGUCUCACCAAUGUAGGAGGCCUGGCAGUCGGAGCAUUCGAUCUUAUAAAUCGCUCCCUGUCUGUUGUUGGGUUCGUCUUUGUCUUUAACGUUUGUCUUUAACGUUCGUCUUUGUGUUUAACGUUGGAAAGAAACAUGUUAUGAAAGUUUCUUUUCUUGAGCACUGGUUUGCAUGAAGAACAUUGACAAGACUGUUUGAAGUGACCUCUCAGUAACUAGUAUUUGAAGUCUGGCAAUCAUUAGUUUAUUAUCAUUGGCACUGGUAACUAGCUGGUUGUAAUUUGAACCCUGCAGUAAAGGUCUUUAUGCUGGCCUGUGAUGCCCUGGCAUAAAUUUUGGAAUUCUCAGAUGUCAAGUACUUUUAAAGGUCUAUUAUUGAGAUCCAGCCAUUGUUAAUCAGGUUGCUCAUCACACUCACUUUUAAAAGCCUUUUUCCUCCUUUGUCUGCCCUCCCUAAAGCUGGCUAUUGCUAAUCGUUUGUUUGUUUUUCCACUGAGGCACUCAGUGUAAUGGUGUCUUAACAUGCCUUAAGGUGGCUCCACAGGGUUGUUGAGGUUUCCUUGGAGCACACCUGCAGCUCCUGCAGACUUUCUAGGCACCAUCCCAACAUCAUCUUAAGGCAAUGGGUUUAAAUUUCUUCAUGCACAUUUUAUUUUGUAAUGCAUGUGGUAAGUGGAUGGUUUAAUUCUUGCAACUGUUUUACCUCAAAGUAAUAUUCUCUUUUUCUUUUGUGUGAAUACUUGAUCUGCUCCUUAAAAGCUGUAGUGCAAUUCCUGAGCAUACACGUUUCCAAGUAAAGUAAUAUUUAUUUGAUAUCGUGACCUGUACGGCCCCAAGCAAGCACUCCCACAAUAAACUAUAGUGGAAGCUGAUGUGUGCAGGGCCGGAUGGGUUGAUGUGAGCCAGUCUGGAAAAUGCUGUCUGGCCCUGCACUACACAGUUCUUUUGCAUUUUCCAAGAAUGUGGAUUGAAUUGUGGACUUCAGCUUGAAAUAAAACAAGUGAGAAAAGGAGUCUUGCUUCUUAAUGAAUUACAAGUUUCUUGUUCUGACUUGAUGGCAAGAGAAAAAUUUUGCUUUAGAGUCUCUUUAUUAAUUUUCCAAUGCAUGCCCUUGGUUAUAAUUUUUUAAGGGAGUAUGUUCUAUUUAGGUUAAAACAAAAUUUUGGAAAUUUUGACUCUUAUUUGUUUAUUUGAUGAUAUACUUAAUGACUGAGUUUGGUUAAGUCAGACAGGAAGAAAUUUGGCUCUUGAUCCAUACGUCAUGACCUUGAGUCAAAUAAUUCCCUUCUGGCCCUCUUAUCAGUCAGUAAUUACAUAAAAUUAUAGUAUUUGCUUUGUGGUUUACUGCUAUAUUUUCAUGCAAAAUUAUAUGAAGAUGUUACAUUGUUCAACUAUUGAAAUCUAUCUGUGUCAAAUAUUUUAAUUUCCAUCUAAAGCAAUUUAGAAAACUUCCUGUAAUGAUUUGGGAAUACAUUUAAAUGUACUUGUGCUUAGAUUAUAUUAUCAUUAUUUUUCCUGCUGAAAAAAUGCUAACCCUAAGCAAUUACUGGUUUCAAUUUUUUUUGUUAUUGUCAAUUCAAUUUGUUUACCUUGUGAGAAGAGGGGAAAUCUUCCCAAUUAUUUUUGGAAGAUUGAGGGAUUCAUGCUUUUCUUGAUACAGACAGCUGUAGAUGCUUAGCUUAUUAGCUCAGGAAGUCAUCAAUUUUUAGGGUAACAAUUUGUUUCUUAGCAACAAAAUCUAAUCUUGAUCAUCAGUGUAUCCAAUGAAAAACUUGUUAUUCACAAUGGUGAUAUGUUGUGUAAUGCAUUUUUUACAGGUACCAGAACUUUUAAGCUAGAAACCUGUGUUGUAUGUGUGGGAUUUAAGAUAAUUUAGUGGUAAAAUCCAAGAAAAAUUCAUUUGGUAGAAAGUAAAAACCUUGGACUCCAAGAGAGAUUUAAUUCAAGACAGGUAUUAAAAUAUAAAUUAGCAUAUAGUUAGUGAGUGUUCCUAUUUGCAUAAUCCCUUGCAAUAAAUUUAGGGUCUGCCAAUACUUUGGUUGUUAUAUUCUUGGCUGGAUUUGUGGUUGUGGUUUUGCUGCCAGUAGGAUUGUAUGUGAACAAUCAAACAAGUUCAUGUUGGACUCGCUUUUUAAACACAAGGGCUUGGUGGAUUGAUGGGUGAUUUCACGUUUAAAACCUGAGGGCAGAAUUCUUGACUGUUUCCUCUAUGGUUGCUCAGUUCUUGUGUGUGGAGUUCAUGCUACCACUUGAAAUGCAACAAGUCAUCAGGAGAUAUCAUUGAUGGUGGAUUGCAGAGAGGAUUUUAGGAACAGUUCUUGUAACUAAAUUUAUAUCCAAAUUAAUUUUGUCAUCAUUGCCUGCUGAUCUUUUGUGCUGUUUUGCUAUCUGUUUGAAGAUGAAAUUGUCUGGUCAAGGUGUGUGUGUAUUUUCUUAGGUUGUUUUUCUCUCUGGUUAAAUGAAUUAUAGAUUAGUAACUCCUAAAUUUAUUGUUAUGGUUGUCUGCUUUGUGUGGUAGCCAUUUUGUAGUGGUUCAUCUUUAUUUAUUGUGUUCAUUGGGUUUAGGCUGACAGGUACCUGUGUCAAAAGUGGAUUUACACCUCCUAAAAUUUCCUUAGUGCUUUGAACCAAAGGCUUUACUUCAAGUGUUUACUUGAUUUGGCUUAGUGGCAUCUGCAAAUCAAUAAAUAUUUUUACCAAUUUUUCUUUUCUGGUUUUUAAGUCCGUCUACUUGUGGUAUCUUUAUUAUGUUGACAGAAAUUGUGGCCAACAUGCAGAUUUAUGUAAAUUUCAUCUCAUGCAUUUUGACAAAAUAGGAGCACUGUUAGUUGUUAUUUGCAGGUUUUCUGAUAUCAAAUUAUGGCACAAAAUCUUCAGUUGAUGUUGCAUGUAUUCCUCACUAUUUGCCUUGAAAAUUAUCAAAUUUCUUGGAUUGGAUGAAAAUGUAAUUCAUUGAGUGAACAGUUCCAAGUUGAGGAGAAAAUAAUGUUCUCAAAGUGCCAUAAUUUCUUGUGAUGUUUUUGUGGAGAUUUGUAAGGCAAAAGUCACGGAAGAAUAGCUUAUUGGUGUACAGUGAUGGGGAAUCAAUCAAAUCGGGAUCCACUGAAUCACGGCAAAAGCUUUGCACAAGUUGUCCUUGGUCUUGUAAACAUGGCAUAGGUAAAUAGAGGUGUUGUGCUUCAUCAUGCGAGUUAUGUUUGACAACAUUUGUUCAACUCAAUCAAAUUUGUUUCUAUAUUUAAAAACAGUUAGUUUUUAGACUUGCUUCCAUAUAGUUUCGCAGAUUCUGAAAUUCUCAGUGGUGAUGUAAACAUCAUGUUCAUGUAUACUGUGAAUUGUUUAUUAUAUUUUGUCAAGUGCAUUUUACUUAACUGCAUUUUACAAAUGGUUGUCAACUGUAGUCUGCACAACAGAAAUUGCAAAAUAUCUUUGCAUAAUCCAUCCUCUCACCUAACACCAGAUUGAUUCUGGCUUCCUUUUAAAUGAACAACUCCUAGAUUUCUUUUUUCUCUAUUUUCUGUUUUUGGUUGAUUGAUUCAGUUGCUACUUUGCCAGUUGCUUAUUAAGAUACAUUGAUAUAUUACAGUUAUUUUAUGGGACCAUUAUUUAUUUCAUUUAAAAUGUUUUUCUCCACUUUAAGCAUUAUCAGUUAAAAAGAUAUCAAACCUUGAGAAUUUUAUCGGAGAUCAUUUUUAUGAUAAAGUUUUUCUUGAAAGCAGCUGAACGCAAUUCAAAUAAUGUUAUUUUUUAUUAUAGCCAGUAUUUGUUUUCUCAAAAUUAUGCUUGCCCAAGAAUUGCAGGCAAAGGCAGAUGUGUGUUAUUACCUUAGAGUUAACAUUAUUGGACUUUUCCAAAUUUGAGCAAUUGGACCUUUAUAUAACAUGAAAAUUUUGUAGGAGUUUAUUUUGGGGAUAGGCAAGUUUAGAAGGAAGUUUAGCUGUUUUUGGUUCAAGCUGUAGAACAUUAAUUUGGAAAUAAAAAAACUUAUUUGCUAUUUUCAACCAACUCUAACAAAGUGAAGACAAAUUAAUGGAUUUAGAUGCAGAGUUUCUUAUUUGACUAAAGUUAGCAAAUCCCUUCAGCAUCUUAUUUUGUAAGAUUUUUUUCAAUGAAAAUGUCAAUUUGAAGAUAAAGUUAUCUUUGUAAGGUUCAUAUUUGUUUGAAGUGCAUUAUGUAUGCAUUUUGGAUCUGCAAAAGGAAAAGUAUUGUUUGUGAAAAUUUCGCUGGAGGUCUUAAUUUUGAAUACAAUAAUUUGCAUCAGCGCUGAUAAAGAAUGAUUUCCACAGAUCUCCUCAUGUUGAACUUCUUUUCGAAUUUACAAUACUUUGUGAGAGAUUUUCCUGACUUUACAACUUUUUUUAAGAAAGGAUUUUGAUCAAGGAAUGUUGUAGCAUGAGAAAAGUGUACUACAAUAAAAGUGUAAGAAGAGAAACUGGUUGAUAUUAUACACAAAGUAAAAAAAGUUACUUGGAUUCUUGAAAUUUAUUUAGAGAAUAGUGUGUGGUAGCCAGAGAAUUCUCUGAUCUUUGGUCACUUACAUAUGCACUGUUAAUCCUUCUGCUCCCAAGUUUCAAGUAGUUAUUCUACCAACUGAAUGCCAUACUUUCAUUUUUAAAUUAGACAGGAGGAUUCAAUUUUAUAUCAAGAUAACAGUGUCAAGCUUAUAAGCUUGUCUUUCCUCAUAACCUGGUUUAAAGUUAACAAAUUGGAAUCUCAAGGAGAAGUUACAAGUUAAUCACUUUGAGGAGUUAAAGGAUGAUGAGCUGUGACUUUUUAUACAACUCUUUAGUAAAGUGUUUUUUUCUUGUUUUAUUCCAGAUGAGGAGGAGGAUACCAACAGUGAAAAAGCUGAGAACAUUAAACCACUAAAUGCCAAGCUUGAAGACCUGCAGACUUGCAAUGAUCUUGUAGGCAAGCAUGGCUCAGCCUUGCAGCGUUCUAUUGUUGAGCUUCAGGAGGUGGAAGAUAAUCCUGCCUUGGCUGCAAAACUCAAGUUUGUGAAUGAGAAAGCCACUCUUUUUCGGAUAACAGCAAAUGCCAUGAUUAGUGUGAGUAAAAGAGCAUAAGAGUUCAAAUGACCGCAGAACUGGAAUGACCUAUGUGAAUGGCAAGUGCUCAGACACUAUAAGAUAUUUGGGCAGGCAAGCAAGUAGGAAACACAAUUAUUUUCUGUGUUUGAGGGGCAGUUUUUUUUUUUUUAUGGAGAUACAUUUUAAGAAUAUUGAGGUAUAAGUUAUGGUUACUGUUUUAUUGUUCUGGUGCUAGUGGGUUGGUCUGUUAUUUUUUAAAGAUUUUUUCUUACUGCUUAUCCAAAAUGGCUUCAAAACUCACAAAAUCGUGCACAGGGUAGUUACUUUUUUUUCAAUGUGACUUCUGAAAAAAAUGAAUUUAUUUUUAACUGUCAUCAAAUUCACUGUCAAGCUUGAAAUUUUUCCACAAAGAAACUUUUGUUUUGGUUAUUUUCUAUUCUCAAAAUUUUAUUGUAAGACAGAGUUUUGGGUGUAUUUGUUCCUUUUUUACUCUUUCAGUAAAUUCUUCAUUUUAUGUCAUCACUUAAUGUCAUUUAAGUUUAGUCUUCACAGCCUUCAAUUCAUAUUCAUUACAGUCUAAUCCAUGCUGAUAAUUAAAGUUGAAAAAUUCUCUCUCUUAAUCUAACAUAACAGGCAUGUGCAGAAUUCCUGGAACUUGCUCAGACACAGGAAAAGAGGUGGCAGAAGAGUUUACAGCUAGAACGUCAGCGAAGAAUCAAUCUUGAAGAGACAGUAGAAGCCUUAGCUAAACAGCAUAACACUCUUGAGAGAGCUUGUCGAAAAAAUACAUCUAAGUUACCUGAUUUACCAGAAUCUGAACUGGGUCACGACAGUGACGAUGAAGAAGAGGAGUUGGAAGAAGAUGAAGAAAACGCGGAAUUUUUUGAUGCGAUAGCAGAGCACCCUGAAGGUUUCACAUUAUCUGUUAGCAAGAGCCGUGAGAGUUUACAAAGCUCUAGCUCAGAGCAAAGUAUUGGUAUGGAUGGAGAGAAUGCCAAACCCUUAUUGGCAAGAACUUUGUCAGAUACAACUGGACAAGCCUCAGCAGAAAUAAAACAGGAAGUGUCUAAGGACAGUGUAGCUGGAACAUCUGAAACAUCAACUGCUAAAGACACAGAAGGAUCAGAUGUUGUCAGUGAUGGUAGAUCCAGUAGCACUGAUCCAGAUAACAAGGCAGUCAUGGCACCAUUUACUGUUGGAGGCUCCUUUGCUGUCACUGUUAGUUUAUGUUUUAUUUUGUUUCCUUUGAUAAGUGUGUCUUACUAAACAAGUAUUAAGUCCAUACAGUAAAUGCUCAGGCCAUAAAUCAAAGGAUAAAAAGUUAGGAUCAGUAGCUUGAAGUACAGAAAAAGAAGAUAGGGUUAGCAAAAUAUUUCCUAUGCCUCUACCUUGUGCCUGAUUAGUUUGAGAAAGUUUUUGAUUCAUUCAAAACUGAAUGAUGCAUGUCAAAAGCAUGACUUUAGGCUGAAUUUCAAGAAAAUGCUCAGCAAAAGCAUGAAAGGGGUUGGCAAUAAAUGACAAGUAAUUUGGGAAACAAAGACAGCUUUAUGUUUUUGUGGUCCAUACAAUACAGGAAAGUUCUCUUUAGUUUUCCAAUCGCUACACAACACAUGUAGUAACCAAGAGUUAUCAUAAGUGAGUUAAAGCCAGAGACAGACAAGGAAAUUUUAAUGACUACAAGGAGAGUAAUUUUUGCUAUUGCUAAUGAGAAUACUAGGCAGUUUUCUAAGCUGACUGCAGCAUUCUUGCCACCCUAGUCAAUUCUAUCUUCAUCUUGUCUAUUUGAAUGUUUAAAACCACAGAAAUGGAGGUACUAGGCCAUCGCUUGCAAACUAUAUUGCCUUCUCUAUUAAUCAUCAAUAGACACUUUCUCUAUACCAUGCACACAUAACAAUUCUUGCUGAUUUUCUUAUUUUGGGCACAAAUGACGAAUAAUUGACAUUCUUGAAACAGUGUAAAGCAUUAUGAGUCGACAAUAUCCCAUUUUCUCCCAUAAUAGUUUUAAAGUGUUUUUCAAGGUAAUAAAUUUAUUGAUGUAUUUUCUUUAGCAAUCUACUGAAAGGCUUGGGACUAAGCUCUUCAGGAAGAAGAUCCCAGACAAGCCAGAUAUCAGCAUUAACUUGUGGAGCAUUCUGAAGAACUGUAUAGGAAAAGAGUUAUCUAAAAUACCCAUGCCCGUGAGUAGAUCAGACUUUCACAAGUUUGUUUCUGUUCAUGUUUAAUGAACAAACUCCUGCAAUUUAUGUCUUUUUAUAUAAUUUCUCAACUCUUUUAUCCCCAUAUUGUACUCCCCUCUAACUGUCUUGCAUUUCCUUGUAAAUUAGUUUGGAGAAUUUACAAGGUUCUGUCAAAGCAAUAUGUCCCAGCAAUGAACACCAAUACCUUGAUUGUUAGAAGGUACUUCACUGUGUAUGCAAUGGAUUCAAACCUUUUGGAUUAUACUGGCUCUUAAAUUAACUUCUCUAUACAAUAAGUUUUGAACAAGGCCAAGCUUGAAUUUUACCCAGGAAGAAGUUAAUUGAGUGCAUAUUGUAUAAUUCUUCUGCUUCUCCAUUUCCCUCAUAAAAAAUUCUUGGCAAUGUUGGUUAUGUUCCUCCAGAUCCUUGGUAACCUUUUGAAGAAUGCGUACAACCAUCAUCAUAUUCUGUCUCCAUUAUGUCACUUCUUCUUCAACUCUUUCUUGCACUCAGUAUCAGCUAAGAUUCUUGUUUGAGAGAUUUUCAACAAUCAUUGUAGGUGAACUUCAAUGAGCCAAUUUCAAUGCUUCAGAGGCUCACUCAGUAUCAGCUAAGAUUCUUGUUUGAGAGAUUUUCAACAAUCAUUGUAGGUGAACUUCAAUGAGCCAAUUUCAAUGCUUCAGAGGCUCACAGAAGAGCUUGAAUACACAGACCUUUUAGACAAAGCUGCAGCAUGUGAAACAUCCACAGAGCAGAUGUGCUAUGUAGCAGCAUUUACAACAUCCUCUUACUCCACAACUGCCGCAAGAACUGGAAAGCCAUUUAACCCCUUACUUGGUGAAACAUUUGAAUUUGACAGAACAGAGGAUUUAGGAUGGCGAUCACUUGCUGAGCAGGUAUUUGACAUUUGAUACAUGUAGAUACAGAUGAUAUUUCUACUUCAAUAACUUACCAUGCAAGUCAGAUAACAUAUCAUGUCAAUGGGAUACUAACAUUAAAGUAAAGGAUGGAUCAGCAACCUUUUGACCCCUUCUGGUGACUAGCAUCUAAUUUCUCCUUACAGUAUUGCACCCAAAUCACACAUUUAAGUCACAAGAAUAAAGGAAAUGAUCACCAACUAAAGAAGCUCUUGAUUUUUAAACAGAUUCUCCUCAUCAGCACAUUAGGAAUGUUUAGGGGACAGUAUAGAGAAUGUGCAUACUGAUGAUAUGAUGUAAAGGAUUCAGUUAAGAGGGCAUUGUUGUAGUAUUGACAAUAUUUCUGAUGCAAUGUAAUCACUAGGAAAAUCACCAAGGACAUUCUUGCAAAAUUUGUUGCAAAAAUUGCAAAAUGAAGACUCUAAGAUUAAGCUCCAAUUGAUUUAUUUGUUUCUUGCAAGACAUUUUCUGCAAAGAGUAUCAAUAUGCUACUGAAAGACUUAAAUGUUACAGAAAUCUGUGAUGUUUAUUCUAGGUGAGCCACCAUCCUCCAGCAUCUGCCCUUCAUGUUGAGCAUAAAGAGUGGAUCUUCUGGCAGGAAUUCACCUGUACAAGUAAAUUCCGUGGCAAAUAUUUACAAGUCAUUCCACAUGGUGUGGCGCAUCUCAAGUUUAACAAGUCUGGAAAUCAUUACACCUGGAAAAAAGUCACUACUACUGUCCAUAAUAUCAUUGUUGGGAAGCUGUGGAUUGAUCAGGUUAGAUGAGAGAUCUAGUAAUUAAUAUUGGAUAUCAAUUCUCCUUACUCUGUGUUAAAUUUCUCAUAACUUUAGCUAUGAGAAUUUGGUGCUAAAUGAAACUAUAUUGCAUAGUUUAUUUUCUUCUGUAUUGUCAUCUCUUUUCUGCUGGCAAAUAAUGGAACAGAGGAACAACGAAUCAAGUUGUAGAUGUAUGAGAUUAAAUAAAUGAUAGGAUGGAAGAAAGGAUAAAGGAAUAAAUUGGAAUUUGUAGAUUUUUAAGUUACUGUUCCACAGUGGAUUCUUCAUCAUUGCCCAUGUAAAUUAAAUUGUGCAGAUGAUAUAAUGCUCUCUUGGUCUUGAUAAUUCUAAUGUGGAAAAAACCCCUUGGAAAAAAUGGAAUUUCAAGCGGCAGUUUUUGGUGGUAGUUGUUGUUUGGUCUAGAAUUGUUAUGUUGUGUUGGAUAUUUCCUUCCUGUCUCAAUUACUUUAUCUUUGCAUGUUUCCCUGUUGUUUUCUUAGUCGGGUGAGAUGGACAUUGAGAAUCACACAACUAAAGAUGUUUGCCAUCUUAAAUAUGAUGCUUACAAUUACUUUGGAAGGGACACACCUAGAAAGGUAUUGGCAGUAUUUUUUUCUCAACUUUUUGCAUGGCCUUUUUGGCUGCUGUGGGGGGAGGGGGAGGAAAUGGGGGAUAGUUUUGUGAUCAGUGUGAUCAUGUUACAGGUGUCAGUCUGUCAGUCAACAUAUUGUUGUGGUACUGAGAAUUUCACUAUAAUAGGCUAAUGUUGACAGUUUUGGGUAGAACACGUGUUGGUCAAAGAGCAAAGAGUGAGGGACAGAAACAAGAUAAGGUGGCAGCACUGAAUAAAGAGUGUUAGUUGUACAGUAUGAUGGUCAUAUGCACCUGCAGGGGCCAUGAGAAUACAUGAUAAGGGAUGACAUGCAUUAAAUUGUUUCCUAAACCCUCUAACUCUCAGAAGUGAUUAACUUAAAAAAUUUUCCCUUUAAUAACCAUACAUUCUCCAGUGAACAGGUAAAAAGAACACUCAUACUUAUCGGAUAAAAGUUGUUAUCUUGAUCUAACACAAAAUUCUCAAAAAUUAAAUUUAAAAGGAAAUGUAAAGCAGCUCCAGGAGAGAAGUCUCAAUCGGAUCUUGGGACUUAAAGAGUUAAAACAAGUUCUUGAGGGCCUCAAAACUCAACCCACCCUUCUUGUAAUUUUGUUCUUAAUCCAGUACACUUAAUACUCAAUUCUCAAAGCUUUGAAGAAUUGAGAUCAACUUUGAGUUUGAGUAUUCAACUUACAAUUAAGUAGUACUUUGGUGGCAUUUUGGUGGAUUUGAAUCUUACACCCCAAGCAAUUUGAGUGUUAGAAAGAAAAACAUUAUUGUCUUGUAGGUGACAGGUGUGAUUACAGACUCAUCAAAAGUGGUCAGAUAUGUGAUAUCAGGAACAUGGGACAACAAGCUGGAUGGAGCCAAGGUUGUGUACCAUAGAUCUCCUUCAAAUGUGAAGCAGCCGGCAUCUACUCCACACAAGAGCCAGGCACAGACUUUACCACCAGUCACUUUGUGGAAGAAAAAUCCAGCAUUGUAAGUUUAAUUGUUGACAAACUUUGCCCAACAACAACUUAAAAGGAUACCCCAUGGAAACCUGCCAGUGAAAUCAGUUUGACUGUAUCCUUGUUAGUUCUGUUAACUAACCAAAGAUGCAAUUUAAUAGUGAUAUUUUUUUAUUGUGAAAAGAAAUUGGGAUAUUGACAUUGCACUUUGGGUAUGACUAAUUUUCAUGGCAUUAAAUUAUUCCCUCAAUCAUUUUGUUCUCAGGCCUGGUUGCGAGAAAAUGUAUUAUUUCACCGAGUUUGCUCUGGCCCUCAAUGACUCUGAUGAUAGUGUUGCCCCAACCGAUUCUCGGAGAAGACCAGACCAGAGGCUCAUGGAAAACUGUAAAUGGGACGAAGCCAAUCAGGAGAAGCAGAAAUUGGAGGAAAUGCAACGAAUAAGAAGGCGCAAGCGUGAGGCAGAGGCCUCAGAAGCACAGGCAGAGGGAAAAGUUUAUGAAGGUUACAAGCCUGUUUGGUUUGAAAACGUUGUGGAUGAAGUGACAGAUACUGCUGUGCAUGUGUACAAAGGGGGCUACUGGGAAGCUAAGGAAAGACAAGAUUGGAGUCUUUGUCCAGAGAUCUAUUAGCAACAUCCACUCAGCAGUUUCCCAGAUUUUACCGAUAGCAAGCUGAAUAUGAUGUCACUGCUUGUGUCAUUCCUCAAACCUCUGGUCAUCUUCUUUUUGGAAAGUAUCAAAUGGCGCACUAUACAUGUGGGUCAAACAUUUUGUGGGUGAAUUUGCUGAAGUCUGGCUGUUUAGUGACACUACUGUUUUCCAAUAAAUGAAAUAACUCAGAGAUUUGAUUUUUAAAGUGGAAAACUGUAAAUACAUUGCAACAGCCAAAAGAAGCCUACAAAGAGACAAGAAUGAACUCUAUUACUGAAAAGUGCAUUUGUUUUUAUUUCUCAAUUCUGAACAUGGAAAAGUAGAAGACUUUUGUUAAAGGAAAGAUGCAGACAGAUACAAUUCACUUGACUGAUGAAUAAGAUUUAGAAGACGUUUUGGGGUGUUGAUGUUCAAUUUAGGUUUGCUGAAGUACCAAAGAUCUCCCUACUGUGAUAGCGUUGACAAAGCCAAAUGCACUUAUCAAAAUUAAACUUGUAAGACAGUUUUGACACUGUGAUUUAUCAGAGAAAUUUUAUGAAAUUCAGUGAGCUGCUAUAUGACUGUAGGAUUAUUUAUCAAUUGUGCUUUGGAUAAUGUUCAUGAGACAGCAGUCCUCAGCUGAAUUAGAGACUAACACAAUUUAUAAUAGAUUUCAAAAUUGUUCGUAUCAAUUUCUGGUAUUAAAUUUAAAAUAGUCAAAAUAAAAUCUCAGAUGUUU